UAAAAACACGGACGUGCUGGAUGCUGCAACUAACCGGUCCACCUUAAGAAGUGGGCGGGCUCAAGCGCUCUGACCAAUGAGCGGCCUUCUUCGCAUUUAAAUAGCUCCGUGUGUCAAUCAUUUUUUUCCUCCCCCCAGUCAAGCUCCUCUCUCAAGUACAUCUUUCAAUCGCCAUAUUGGGUACUGAGAAGGUUUGUUUGCUGUUUCUCCCACUACGGACGAAAUUGACAGAGCGGCUUCAGUUCCUGUGCACUUUGUUUUGAUGAUCCGUGGAGACAGCGUUGGGCUUCACGACACCGCGGCCGUUACCGUCUCCAGCUCGACGUAUGCAUGGCAUAAGUCGUUUUACGCUUGUUUUGGAUCUUGCUAAGCAACAAGGAGAUAUCCGUUGUUUUUGAGCGGCGUGUUUUUCUUGUGAAAAACUGGACGCUCCCGGCCGUUUGACACAUUUAGUCUUUUCUUUAGGGGAAAAUGUCAGAUGUUCGACUAUCAAACGGGAGCCCGACGUUGGAGCGGACGGACUCCCGGGUCUCGGAUCACCCGAAACCGUCAGCCUGCAGAAGCCUCUUCGGCUCGGUGGACCACGAAGAGUUAAAGAGGGAUUUAAAGGGACAUUUGCGGGAGAUGGAAGAGGCUGCCACCGCCAAGUGGGGCUUCGACUUCGCCAAUCACACGCCGCUGGCCAACGGCAGACUCGAGUGGGAAUUAGUGGAUUGCAGAGACGUGCCGAAUUUCUACAACGGGCAAAAGCGGAGGGAGAAGGGCGUCUGCUCCGCUGGGAUUAGCGUGGAUCUUAAUGGGAAUCAUAACUGUGUUGUGGUGGCUCCGAGCGAAGACAGCGACAGGUCUGACGGGCAGAUGGAGUGCACGGAGCAGUGCCCCGGGCUGAGGAAAAGACCUGCAUGUCACGGUACUUAUGUUUGUGCACCCAAAUGAGCGCUAUGUUCAGUGUAACAGGUAGCCAGGCUGGGGCUUAUUGCACCAUAU